AUGUCUCAGUUGAUCAAUAUUUUGGUGCCGUCUUUGUAUUUGUGCGCCACCUUGGCAACUGCCGAGAGCAUUAUCACCCCAGAUCCUAUCGAAAUAAUCAGAGAUGUUGCGAUCAUCGGCGGAGGCGCAUCAGGGACGUAUGCGGCCGUUCGACUUCGCGAGGACCUAAACACGAGCAUAGUACUCAUCGAACCCAGACCAAAUCUGGGUGGUCACACCAGCACCUACCACGUUCCCGAGACAAACACUUCGAUCAAUUUCGGAGUCCAAAGCUACCUUCCUUACGGACCGGCUACCGAUUUCUUUACACGCUUUGGGGUCGAUACAGGGAGCGCCACUAAUCAGAUAUUGGCGGCACUCAAUGUCGACGUCGAAACGGGUGAGAUAUUGGAAGACUACAGCUCCCCGAGUGCAAAUGCAACAAAUGAAGCAUUACAGCGAUGGCUUGCUAUCACGUCGAAGUAUGAAGACAUAUUGGAGCCCGGUCUCUGGCAGUUCCCGUCUCCGGCGAACAUUCCUGAUGAUCUUCUUACACCAUUUGGUGAAUUUGCCAAGCUUCACAAGUUGGAAGCUGCUAUCCCACGCAUAGUGACAGUGUCUGGUGUAGGAUAUGGAGGCGUUCGCGACCUUUUGACGCUCACUGUCUUACAGGCUUUUGGAGCCUCGCUUACGAAAGAUCUCUUGAGCGGAACGCUUUUCAGACCUGUUGACAAUAACGGUGUUCUCUACGAACGCGCGCUCGAGCUUCUUAAGCCGGAUGUAUUGUUAUCGAGCAUCGUUUAUGAUGCGGAGCGUACCGGGAACGGGGUAAAGCUAUUGAUCAAACAGGGUGAUACCAGUUACAUCAUCAAGGCACGCCGUGUCCUGUACACAGCGGGCCCAAGCCUGGAAAAUCUAGCUCCUUUCCACCCCGACAACAAGGAAACGGCGACCUUCUCGAAAUGGAUCAAAGGGGCGGAAUUUGUAGGGAUUCUGAAGGCGCCUUGCUUACCAGAAAAUCAUUCCAUCACAUUUUUGCCUUCAGCAGCGGUGCCAGCUGACCAGCUUGCGAUCAAAGACUGGCCAUACAGCCUGCGUCUAGACUCGACAGGGCCUCCUGGACAAGGCCUUUUUCGAGUAAUCUUCGGUGCCAACUAUACGGUAUCUCCAGACACCUUCAAAAGCCUAGUCUUGGAAAGUAUCAGAGACAUACAGGAUGCUGGAACUGUCGCCGCGGACUGCGAAGCGGAAUUUGAAGCGCUUUCAGAUCAUAGUCGUCCUUGGUGGCCCCAGUCAGCUGAGCAGCUACGGGCAGGUUUUGUCCAAGAUUUAUAUACCCUGCAGGGAUAUAGAGACAUGUGGUACACUGGAUACGCGUGGGGAGCGCAAUACAGCUCAACCGUUUGGGCUUUUACCGACACAGUCCUCGAGAAGCUCAUAAAAGAUCUAAAGAGCGGGAUCUGA